AUGCCGCCGCCAAAGUCGAAGAAGCUCACCGCGCAGCCUGUGCGGACGCGACAGUUUGCCGGGAAGCCCGGCGCCGCGCCCACCGAAGAGCCGUCGAGCUCGGACGAGUCCGACUCGGGCGAGGAGCAGCAGCAGCAGCAGCAGCAGCAGCAGCAGCAGCAGUCCAGGCCGAAGCCGUUUGCCAAGCCAAAGCCCGCGCCCAUUGCCUCGUCGUUCCCCAGGUCCGCGCUCAAGUCGACACUCGCAGCGCGGCAGAAGUCCGAGGCCGAGCGCAAGGCCAUCGAGGACGAGUUUGAGACGGAAAGCGAGGCCGGGGACGACAAGGGCGAAGACGGCGAAGACGGCGAAGACGGCGCCGAGGGCAGCGGAGACGAGCGCUCCAGCGAGGACGAGUCGUCAGAGGAGGACGAGGACGAGUCGAGCGAAGACGAAGCGCCCCGCAAGCAGCUCCGUCCCGUCUUCAUCAGCAAGAAGGCGCGCGCCCAGACGGCAGGCCCGGCCAAGACAGCCGACCAGCUCGCGGCCGAAGAAGAGCAGCGGCGGCAGGAGCAGACGCGCGCCCUCGUGCAGGCGCAGGUCGAAGCCCGCGCCGCCGAGCGCCUCGCCGCCCGCAAGGACUGGGACGACGACGUCGAGGACGCCGACAUCAACGCCAUCGACGACACCGACGCCCUGGACCCGCCCGCCGAGUUCCUCGCGUGGAAGCUGCGCGAGCUGCGCCGCAUCAAGCGCGAGCGCCUCGCCAUCGAGGAGGCCGAGGCCGAGCGCGCCGAGAUCGAGCGCCGCCGCAACCUGAGCGCCGCCGAGCGCGAGGCAGAGGACCGCGCACACAUGGAGAAGCAGGCCGAGGCGCGCGAGGGCAGGGGGCAGGCGCAGUUCAUGCAGAAGUACUUCCACAAGGGCGCCUUCUUCACCGACGAGCUCAAGGAGCUCGGCCUCGACAAGCGCAAUCUCAUGAACGCGCGCUUCGAAGACCAGACGAACCGCGAGGUCCUGCCCGAGUACAUGCAGAUCCGCGACAUGACCAAGCUGGGCAAGAAGGGCGGCACCCGCUACAAGGACAUGCGCUCCGAGGACACCGGCCGCUGGGGCGACUACGCCGACGACCGACCACGGCGCACCAGAGAGGACUACGCGCUCGACGAGCGCUUCAGGUCCGAUGGCCACAGAGGGCGAGACCGCGACCAGGAGGGCCCCAGCGGCGCAAACGCAAACCCCCUGGGCGACCGGAAACGAUUCGCAGACGACGGCGAGAGAGACAGCAAGAGGCCGCGCAUCGACGAGCGAGCGUGA